AUGACGCUAGGCUCUGUUUCUGUUGCAGGUGGCACAUGUGUGAGUGAGUGUGGAGAUGGCUUCUUCACUGACGACAUCCUUAGAGAAUGCAAACCUUGCCACAGGAGCUGUGCAACCUGUGUUGGGUACAGCUAUAAGAACUGUACUGGGUGCAAAACUGGUUUCCAACUAUUUCAUGGGCAAUGCCUGAAUCCAAGAAAUUCUCCACCCACUGACACACUUCUUCAACUGGAUACUCAGCAUCCUCAACACAUUGAGGCGCAGCACCGUGGUCGAACAGCCUCUGACUUGCAGUUUCCUGAAUUAAAGAAUCUGAUUAAAGAAUACAGGCUAGAUGACUAUGAGUCCUCCCAUUUGGGGGGAUUAAGCUGGGCUUGGGGGCCAAAUGCAAAAAGAAAAUUUCUGUCCUGUGACCCUUCAUGUAAGACCUGUGAGAAAUCUGCGGACAUAUGUACUACAUGUCCUGAAGGAAAAUUUCUUAGCCAUGAUAACUGUGUGUCUCUGUGCCCUGAGAAAACUUUUGGCAACACUGCGAGUGGAAAAUGCGAGAUGUGCGGGGAGGGCUGUGAGGCUUGCUCUGACCACUGGCACUGUCAGAGGUGUCAGGCUGAAACGGAUCAGCCACUCUUCCUGCACAAAGGCAGAUGUCUACAGGAGUGCCCUGAGGGAUAUUUUAAUGAUUCUGAGACUUGCACGGAAUGCAGUGGAUCCUGUAAGACAUGCAUAGAAAGUGCAACCAAAUGCUUGUCCUGUAAAAGUCCUUUGCUUCUCGAGGACUGGCAAUGUAAACCUAACUGUUCAAAGAAGUAUUUUGCUACUGAAGGAAUCUGCAAACAUUGCCCUGAAAUGUGUCAGGAAUGCAUUCACAAUGAAAUAUGCAAAGAAUGUAUGGAUGAAUUCUUCCUGCAUGAGGGGAACUGCAAGGAUUGUAAUGGGCCACAUUCUGACGACUGUACAGCAUGCACCACAGGAUCAUUUGUCCUCUACAAUGGCAUGUGUUUUGAAGAGUGCCCUGAAGGGAGUUACUAUGAAGAGGUCACUGGGGACUGUCAAGCAUGCAACAGGACAUGCCAGACUUGUUCGUCUUCCACUGUCUGCCUUACUUGCAGAAAUGGGCAGAUGUUAAAACAUGGUGGGCACUGUGUGACAUCUGGAUAUUGCUCUCCCACGGAGUACUACAUUGAGGAAACUCAGACCUGCAAGUCUUGUCACAAGGAAUGCUUCCGCUGCUCAGGACCCACUGAAUAUCUGUGUCUUAGCUGUGUGAAUAACCACUAUCUUCUCAAUACAACCUGUGUUGAAACAUGCCCAGAUGGCUAUUAUGCUGACAGUGAUGAUGGGCAAUGUUCUCCAUGCCACGAUGUCUGUGCCACUUGCACUGGAAAACACAGCUCACAGUGCCUUUCCUGCAAACCGGGUUGGUACAGACAAGGAAAAGGAUGCAUAAACCAGUGUCCAGCAGGGUAUUUUGCUCAAAAUUCCACUGGAUCAUGUGAAAGAUGCCACAAGAGUUGUAAGGAGUGUAUGGGCCCUCAACCCACAGACUGCCUUUCCUGUGACACAUAUUUCUACCUGUUGCACUCCAAGAAUGAAUGUGUUAGCUCUUGCCCUCAGUACUACUAUGAAAGCCAGGACAACAAUGUCUGUGAGAGAUGCCACCCUUCCUGUCUAACUUGUGAAGGGAAGGGAGCAUUCAGAUGCACAUCUUGUGUAUGGAGCUACAGUUUAUUAGGUGGAAUGUGCAACUCGGACUGUUUUGUAGGUGAAUACAAAGUCCAGGCAACACCAGGACAAGAGGAUGAACCCAAGUGUGACAGAUGUGACAGCUCAUGCACUGAGUGCAAGGGACCUGGCCCUCUCAACUGCACAGUUUGUCCAGCUGGAAUGCAGCUCUACCUGGAGGAAAGCCGCUGCCUGCCCUGCUGCAGUCAUUCUAACCCAGAAGGCAUCCCAGAAUGCUGUGACUGCAGUGAAACACAAGAUGACUGUGUAUUACAGAUCACUCCAGCACCUGAGAGAAAAAACAAAACUGCUUUCUUUGUUAUCACUUGCAUUUUGCUUCUCCUUGUCUCUGGAGCCAUUGUAUUCAUCUGGAAAAGAUCACAAGCCAAACCCAAGGGUGUCAAGAAAGGCGGGUAUGAGAAGCUGACAAAUCACUCCAAAACCUCUCCUUCCUAUGUGAGCAACUACCACACAAGUCCCAUUUACCAGGAGGAUCAAGUGAUUGAGUACAGAGAUAGAGAUAAUGAAGCUGAUGAUGAUGAAGAUGACAUCGUAUACAUGGGUCAGGAUGGCACAAUUUAUCACAAAUUUAAAUAUGGACUUCUGGAGGAUGAUGAGGAAGAUGAACUAGAAUAUGAUGAUGAAAGUUAUUCAUUUAGAUAA